AUUCACACUCUCCCUGUAUCAUUUCCUCGCAGACUUGCAGCAGAAGACGGGAAUAAUAUUGUAGAUUGUAAAGCGAGGAUGAGCAUGGCAAUGUCAGCCACACUAUGCAACCUAAACCCAAUCAAUUACCAGACCACUCAGAUCAUCACAAGCUACUAUUCAGUGGCUACUUUGUCUUCUGAGGGCAAAAGAUCACCAUGCUGCUGCAUCGCCAGUCGAGUAUAUAGAAGCAGACUUGGUGACAGACAUAUUAAGAUCAGAAGACAGUAUUGUUGGUCCUCCAACAGCAGAGCACAACAUUCUGAAGCCACAAAACAAGAUGAUGUACCUAGGGAAACCUUGAUAUGGAGGGCCAUUAAAUUGCCAAUAUAUUCUGUUGCUUUGGUUCCCAUCACUGUUGGAAGUGCGGCUGCAUAUUCUCUGUCUGGACUAUUUUCAGCCAGGCGUUACCUAGUGAUCCUGGCUUCUUCAAUUCUUAUAAUCACUUGGCUGAACUUGAGCAACGACGUUUAUGAUUUUGAUACAGGAGCAGAUGUUAACAAGAAAGAGUCUGUUGUUAACUUAGUUGGCAGUCGUACGGGGACCCUGAUUGCUGCUUACUUACUACUAGUUCUUGGUUUUAUGGGCCUUUCUUGGGCAUCUCUGGAGGCUGGAAGUCUGAGAUCCAUAUUACUAUUGGCAAGUGCAGUCAUUUGUGGCUACAUAUAUCAGUGCCCACCGUUUCGUUUGAGUUACCAAGGAUUAGGGGAACCCUUAUGCUUUGCAGCAUUUGGUCCAUUUGCUACUACAGCUUUUUAUUUACUACAGAGUAGCACAAGAGAGCUUCCAGUAAGUGGCACAAUCCUCUGCGCAUCAGUUCUUGCUGGCUUCACUACAACACUUAUUCUUUUCUGCAGUCACUUUCAUCAGAUAAAUGAAGAUAUACCUGUAGGUAAACUGUCUCCCUUGGUAAGGCUUGGCACAAAUGCCGGUUCAGAAAUAGUAAAGGUAGCAGUGGUAGCACUCUAUGCACUUCUGUUUGCAUUUGGUCUUACCAGAGCCCUGCCCUUUUCUUCAGUUUUGCUUUGUGCCCUUACAUUACCUGUUGGCAAUCUCGUGGUUAGAUUUGUUGAUGAGAAUCACGAGGACAAAAAUAAGAUCUUUAUGGCCAAGUAUUUCUGUGUGAGAUUGCAUACCAUAUUUGGAGCUGCAUUGGCUGCCGGGCUAGUGGUUGCCAGAAUGAUCCCGGGAAGACUUGUAGCUGUUGGGCACUGAGGAAGCUAUAAGAUUAUAUUACAGGAAAUUUGAUUCAUAAAAAUUUAUCAACAGGAAUUAUUAUGUAUCUGGAUCGGGUUUCUCAUGUUUGGUUAGGCUGAAAAUACUCCUUAUCACUUCAGACUUGAGUUUAGGCAGCAGACAGAGUACAGGUCUGAACAAACACCAGAAAAGAACCAAAGACCUCCGACAGCGUUCAAGUAGGUUAGGAAACUCAGGUAGAGAGAUUCAGGUCCUUCAUUGACCUCCAUCGUUUGAGCAAUCCAGAUUUAAAAAUGCUGGUCUUGUGUUUAAUGAUAGAAACAGAAGUUUAGAGCUUUCAGCGAAAGCAGAAAUUUUUUGAUGGCACUUUAGCUGAUCAUGUUUGACUAGUUUGAUUUUAAUACAAGCAAGCAGAAUUUCAUAGCUGAUCAGAUUCCAUGUCAUAGCUCUGUGAUGUUGCUAACAUUUCAUUACAGAAUACUUAUAAAGAAUAUGAUGUUGUAACAAUUCUGGCAUUGUCCCUUUUGUAAAAUGUAAUUCUUGGGUGCAUCUUAUUCAUGA